GAUAGCCAUAGCCAUUUGUUUAGAGAAACUCAAAAACCAGAGAGCGCAAAAGCGACUACACAAAUUCAUCAACGGAGAACAGAAAAAAUGGCGUUCUACGGCGAUGAAGACGACGUAUGGAAAUGUCCAAAACAUCCUUCCAAACGGCGGAGGAUCGGAAUCUGUCCUCUCUGUCUCCGUGACCGCCUCGUCACUCUCUGCCCUGACUGCGCCAACGUCCGUCCCUGCAAUUGUUGCGCCACUACCACAACUACUUCUUCUUCUUCUUCUUCUUCAUCCUCUUUCUCUCGUUUCUCCUCCGCCGACCUCGCCUCUCUCGGAUCCGUCGGCCGCCUCUCCAAUCUCAUCGACGGCGAGCCGGCUUUCCGCCGCUCUCGCUCUCUCGCUGCGAUUCCAUUUCUCCGAUCGAGAUCGCGGUUCGUCGCUGAUUCUGGCGAUGACUGCUCUUCAUCCGGUAAUAGCGCUAGAGCGUCGUCGUUUUGGUCGAUUUUCAGGUCGAAGACUAAGAAGAGUCGCGAUGGCGGAAGAAUCGAGGCAGCGGUGGAAUUCGAUUUCAAACGGAGAGCGAAGGAAGUAGCGGAAGUUGAAGAGGCGAUGAGACGAACGUUGAUGAUCCGGUCAAGAUCGGUUGCGGUUUCCGAUUCCAGCGGGAGAUUCGUUCGGACGCCGGUGAAGGCAAAGGCAUGGUACUUUCCAAGUCCGAUCAAAGCUUUCCGGCAAUCGAAGGUUCCCAAGGCCGUUCUCACGGAACGGUCUCCGUUACACAGAGGUUGAAUUUAAAUUACUUUGUCGCAUUUUCAAAUUCCGAAAUGAAAAUAGAAAUCGGAAUUAAAAAAUAUAUUAAAAUUAUUAUUACUAUUUUGAAUUAUGAUUUUCUGAUUACGUCUAGAAAUUGUGUGGAAUGAAAAGAAAUUAUGAAUGUAAUUAGUGUAAAUUGUUUAAUUAAUAGUGAGAUUAUCUGCAAUUUUAGAGA